AUGAAUCAUAGGUCAGUUCGGCCCUCGAGUGCUUAACAAAAUAUAUCUCAUUUGAGUGACAAGAAUGUCUCAUUUCAUAAGAAGUACUAUAUUUCAUAUACCCUUAGUCCUUACAAGCAGCCAAAUGUAUAGAACGUUUCAUAAUACAGAGUCAAGGAGAGUGAAAAAUUAUUCGAAGAGAGUCUCCAGCUAAAGUUGUUGAUGAAUUAAUUGAAGGAUGAGAAUAUUAAGCUAAGAACAAGAAACACAAACCUAGAAGUAAUAUUGCAAUCAUCAUCUAGAAAGACUUAUAAAAAUGUUAAAAAAUAAUAGAGGAAGUAGAGACUACUGGAAAUAUGAAACGAUUUUAUGCCAAACCAAGCACCGACAAUUAAAUGAUUCUCAAUUUCAAAGGUUAAAUUAAAGAAUUGCGAUAAAACCUUGAUUAAAGAGAAUAGGAAAUGCUAGCUCUCAAAAAGUCAGCUAAAUAUACAAAACUCACAGAAAUGGAAAUUGAACGGAAAAUGCUAUCCGAUGAGACAAUUCGAUUAAAACAAGUUAUUGAUGAACUAGUUCAAUAAAAUUUAUAUGCUUAAUAAAAAGAGCACGACCAAUAAAAAAUGUAGGAUAUGAUUUCACAACGAGACAAUCUUAUUAAACAGAUGCAACUGGAUAUAGAAGCAUUUGAAACAGACAACAAAAAUCUUCAAUCCCAAUUGCAGUAACUCAUAUCAGCCUAUCAAGAUCUUGAUAGAGAAUACGCUAAAUUAGAUUAAAGCAUGCAGAACAAAUUAAAAUCAAAAGAUAAAUAACUAAUUGAACUCAAAACCCAGCUUACAAGAUUGAAAGAACAAUAUGAUAAAGAAAAGAAAUUGCUCCAACAGCCUAAAUUUAGUCCUACUCUCAAAACACACAACAAAGUAGCUAAACGUAUUCAAAGUGCUAAACCUCCUGAACAGAUCACCAAACCAAUUCAAUUAGAUGAUGUGACUCAUAUCAUCUUGGAGAUCAAAUACAAAUUGAUUGCUUUGUCAGUGCAUUCAAAAUAAAUCGAUGCUUUACUACUCAAUCAAUCAGCCUAAUAAACUACAAUUGGUUAAUUGACUGAGAAAUUGAUUAAUGAUCCAUUUUUCCUUAAUAAAACCGAUGCUAAUAACUUUGCAAGAUUUUUGAUUGAGUCUCCUGAAUAAAAGUAUCCAUACAUUCCCAAUCUCUCUAUUGCCUAAGACAACGGAUUGAUAAGAGCCAUGUUCUUUAAAGCAAUUGGAUUUUGGGCUUGCUAUGAUAAAGUUGAAAGGAGAGUAUUGGAAUCCAGUUUGGCUAAACUAUUCAAAGGAUCGUUUAAUUAAGUAGAAAAAGUUAUGGGGAGAAAUGUGUAUACAAAAAAAGAUUUUGUUGUUUAAAUUUUAAAAAUCUUAUCAAAAAAGUAGAUUAGAGAAUUGGAAAUCACUUAUUUAAUUUCAAAAGUAAAUUGUAAUUCUAGUAUUAGAUCAUAUUGUAAUCAAAGAGUCUGAAUACUUUAAAGGGAGAGGCACUUGUAAAUUACUUAAGAGAACUAGAGAAACUAGACAAUGAUGAAGAUGUCAGAGCUGAAGAAUUGCAAUAAUAUUAUGAUAGUCUAGGGUAUUUACAAUUUGAAUUACUUAAAUUAGAUAAGAUAAGGGCUUCUUUUUUUAUAAGUAGUUAAGGAGCAAACAAGAGUAAAUGAUAGCAUUGUUGGAGACCAAGGAAGAUAAAGUGGAGGAAAUAGAAACUAAUUAACUUAAUGAUGGAGCCCCGUAGAAGUCAGUUUAACAAUAUAUAAUAAAGGGGGGACUAGUAAGGAGCCAUUCGGAUCCAGAUCCCUUACAAAUGAUUCAAAUCUAAAAGGAUGAGGAAGAAGCAGAAGAAGAAGAGAACUAUGAACAAUAGAUGCAAUAGGAUUACUUAAAUUAACAAAAAUAAUAAAAAGAUAAAUAUCCAUUUAAUUUCGAUGAAUAAGAGGGUGAAUAUGAAAAUAAUGAGGAAGAGAAUGAUGAUUAUUAGCCUGAUUUGAAUAAUGCUUAGAUUGAUGAGUAAGAUUAAUAGGAGGAAGAGGAUGAUGAUUACAAUAUCAACGUUGAUGGAGUCUUUGAAGAAGAUAAUGAUGAUGAGAAUGAUUAAUGGGAGAAAGUAGAAAAUAAAGGAAACUUUCCAGUUCGAUAAGAGUAAUUAUUUGUGCUUAUAAGCAGUCGACAAAUUCCAAAUAGUAGACCUACAUCCAGUUAUGUAAAUAAGGUUAAUAGAAGUAAUAGUGAUGUCAAGGCUAGUUUGGCUUCAGAAUUGCAUCCUACUAAAGAAAUUAAUGAAGAAGGUAUGUUAUUUUAAUUGAAUUCUUAGAAUAUAUGGAGGAAUAAUUUGAAGAAGAAAAUUGA